GUCUGUUUCAGGAAUGCGGUUCCCCUGGCUGAAAACGACAUGAUUUCACCCGUUUCUCUUCACAAGGACCUCACAGUGCUGUUGUUGUGCCCAUGAGGUAACAUCAGGACCAGCUGGCCCCUUAACGCCACCUUUGGUCCAUCCCUUUUUUUCCUCCCCUCUUCCCCCUCUGCCUCUUGAUCAUUUGCCCCCACCAAGCCAUGGGCCAGAAGAUUUCCGGCAGCAUCAAGUCGGUGGACGUAAGCGGGGAGCCCUCCUACCGACCAGUUCGCCGAGAACUCCGGGGCCCCGAUUUCUGUCGGCCGCCGCGACUAGACCUGCUGCUGGACAUGCCGCCGGCCAGCCCCGGAACGCAACUUCACCACGCCUGGAACCCGGACGACCGCUCGCUGAAUGUCUUUGUCAAGGAGGACGACAAGCUCACGUUUCACCGGCAUCCCGUAGCGCAGAGCACGGACUGCAUUCGGGGCAAGAUGGGCUACACCAGGGGCCUGCACGUGUGGAGGAUCCACUGGCCGGCCAGACAAAGGGGCACACACGCCGUCGUGGGGGUGGGCACCGCUGAAGCAUCCCUACAUUCAGUUGGCUACAUGGCCCUGGUGGGCUCGGACUCGGAAUCCUGGGGCUGGGACCUGGGCCGAAACAAACUAUACCACGAUGGGAAGAACCGAUCCUCGUCCGCGUCGGCGCCCACAUACCCCCGUUUCCUGGAGCCGGACGAGUCGUUUGUGCUGCCAGACUGCCUUACAGUAAUACUAGACAUGGACGAAGGGACUCUCAGCUUCAUGGUGGACGGGCAGUAUCUAGGAGUGGCUUUUAGGGGGCUGAAGGGCAAGAGGCUGUAUCCCAUUGUCAGUGCCGUGUGGGGGCACUGCGAGGUGUCGAUUCGCUACAUAAAUGGACUUGAUCCGGAGCCCCUCCCUCUGAUGGACCUGUGCAGACGGGUGGCUCGCUUGGCCCUGGGCAGAGAGCGCAUUCACCACAUCGACGCCCUCCCGCUGCCGCAGACUCUGAAGAACUACCUCCAGUACCAGUGACGUCCAACGGGCCCCCCCGGCCGGGGAGACGCCGGCGGAGCCCCCCCCAUGAGGGGACGUCCGCUGACGUGGCCGCUGAUACUGAUCAGGAACAGUCGGUACAACUUUGUGAUCACCAAAAUGAUUUGUUUACACUUUUCUUUGGUGGGUUGAAGAUGGAUAUUUUGAUCUACCGUUCUUUUUUUUUUUUCUUCUUUUUUUUCUUUUUACUUGUAGAAUUAUUUUUCACUGAGAGAAAAAUUAUGGUGUAAACGGACGUGGGUGAGAGAUGAUGCGAUGCAAGACGAAACACAAGUUCUGGUUGAGAAAAGGCCUUACAAUGCUGUAGUUUUUAACCUAGUCCAUGUAAACUACUUUUUAUUUUUUAGAAAGGUUUUAUUUAUAAUCUCAACAACACGGCGUUGUCUGUGACCCACAUAAAAUGACCAUAUGCAACAGGAAGUGGCCGUUUGCACAGGCUACCACGCACAGAUCACAUAUAUGUUGGCGUGUGUCACGGUUGUGGAAACGAUUUACACGCCGUCUGUGGCGAGAAGACCACUCGCUGACAUGCGGCCACCUGCAGGGAGGCGAUCAGCAUCUCCAGACUGGAUUGAGUAUUUAAAACCGGCCCCCUCCCAUCAACUGAUCUCUUGCCUAUCGACGAACUCCCCUAGCUUAAGUCUCCACAGGCUGGUGAAGUGGGAGGAUGAAUCCUCCUGGUCGUCAGCUGUCAAUUUAUCGUUAGGAGAAGCUGCUUUUCCAGCUGCUGACGUGCCCCCCCCCAUACAGAGUCCGUUCAGACAGAGCGCACACGACCCGUUAUCCCGUUAUGUCGGUGGAUACUUAAUCCCCCACAAAAAAUCAAAUGUUGCGUUUUUAUCCACCUCUUCCAAUGUUUUACUGUUGUUUUUCUUUUUAGCUUUUUACCCCGGAUCUACAUUUAAAUAUUUUUUAUUUUUUUCAAAUGCCUUUGAAAGACUUGUCUGGGGACAUGAAAUCCGGCGUGCAUAUUUUCCAGAAUGUGAUGCCAUGAGAAUCUUUUUAAAUGUGAACAAGAAUAAACUGCUUAAAACAAAGGCUCCUUAUUUUUGUUCUGUUUUUUACUAAUUUGA